AUGUGGAUUCGAUCGUCUUUCCUCGGACCUCUGGCUCUUGUAGCCCUGGCCAACGCGCUGCCACAGCCCGAGACAGACCUUGUCCGCGGUGCUCUUGCGGCUGUCUCCUGUGCGUCUACAUUUGCCUCUGGCAAAUACCCAACGUGGCAACAACUUCCGAUCCAGACCACGCUACCAGACCCCUUUCUCCCACUCUCAAAAACGACAACGGACUCCGGUAACUCGGCAAGUGACAUCAUGUCUGGUAAAGCAGCAGGACGUAUUGCGUCUAAAGAGGAGUGGAUACAAUGCAGGCAGCCAGAGAUUUUGAAUAUGUUGCAGGAAUACCAGUACGGGUACUAUCCAGACCAUUCUCAGGAGACGGUCAAGGCAACGCGGAGCGGUACAACCGUCAGCAUCGAGGUCACGGCAGGCGGGAAGACAGGGAAGUUCAGGGCGACAGUGGCAUUGCCGGGUGGUGCGAGCACGAGCGCCAAAGUUCCCGUGGUGAUCAAUAUUGGAGGCAUGCAGAACCAACCAUACCUUCAGGCUGGUAUAGCCGUGGUUGGUUUCGACUACACAAGCGUGGCUGCUGACAGUAACUCCAAGACCGGUGCUUUUUGGGAUAUUUACAAGGGCCGAGACAUUGGCGUUCUCACGGCGUGGGGAUGGGGAUUCCAUCGGACGCUCGAUGCGCUCAACAUGACAGUGCCCGAGAUCGACCCGACGAAAGUAGGCGUGACCGGUUGUUCGCGACUCGGCAAGGGUGCUCUCGCCGCUGGGUUGUUCGAUACUCGCAUCACGCUGACCAUGCCUAUGUCGUCCGGUGUGCAGGGCGUGGGUCCCUACAGGUACCACGCCAUGUCAGGCCAAGAUGAGACCCUCGAAAACUCGAAGUCGGGCGCAGGGUGGUGGAGUGAUUCCACGCUGGGAACAUUCGUCAACCACGCAGAAAACCUACCAUACGACGCGCAUACUAUCGCCGCAGCCCUGGCCCCAAGAGCACUGAUAAUCGACCAAGGCCAGGGAGAUCAGUUCACAAACUCCAAAGCGACAGCGAUCGUCGUCUACCCGGCCGCAAAGGCGGUCUACGACUGGCUCGGAGCUGGCGACCAGAUUGGUAUGGGGAUUCGAAGUGGUGGACACUGUGACAUGAGCGGCUUUACUAAUAUCCUACCGUUCGUCCAGAAGAUUCUGCAGGGCAAGAACACAACGCGCGACUACAAUAAUCUGAGCCCAUGGGCUGCAAUGCCAACGACAUAUCCUUGGGCAACUAAUAUUCCAAAGGCGUGA